AUGUCAAAACACACCACACAAAAUCCAGCAAGUAACUUCAGUCGUUAUUAUUCAUGCAGGCAGAAGCAAAAUGAAGAAAAUCUUUGGCACAAGUUGGUGCCACUAGCAUACUAUGAUCAACAGUUUGUGCCAUUAGAACACUCUUACCAACUGGCCACAAGCAGCUCAAUAACACAUCAACACACAGAUGAAAAACAAAAGCAACCCAAUAACCAAUCUGUGGUCAGAGUAGAAUCCCAUAGUAAUAACCCUGCAGUGCAUCCCCUAAACUCUAACCAGAAGGUACAGAGAUGCUCAAUAUUGCCCUCUGCCAAGUGUCAGGACACAAUUUCACGGGACCUCUAUAACAGGGUUCUGAAAUCACCAUUAUCUCACUCCAAAUAUCAGGCCACACCUUCACUACACCUCCACCAGAACUCCCUGUGGCCUAAUAAGAGAGGCUUGAGCUCACUGUUGUCCCACGCCAAACCUCAGAUCACAUCUUCACUUGACCUCACCAAGACAUCAUUGCCAGAGCCCAAUCAAACAGCCUGGAGCUCACAAUUACCCUUUCCCAAUCCUCAGAAUACAUCUUCCCUAGACCUUUGCUGGAUAUCACCUUCACUGAAGUCUAAUCGAAGGGUCUCAAGUUCAUCAUUAUAUGCCCUCAAACAUCAAGAAACUCCUUCCCCAGACUACCUAUGGACAUUGUCAUCUUUGGGACCUAAUCAAAGAGCCUUUAGCUCAGCGUUACCCAAGUCCAAGCCUCAGAAAGCCUCUUCAUUGGAUAGCCUUUGACACUCUUUGUUAGAGCGCAAUCAAAGAUGUUUGAGCUCACCAUCAUUCAACUCUACACCUCAAACCGACUUGCUUCAGACAUCACCUUCUUUGGAGCCCAGUCAGAUGACUCUGAGCUCAUCGUUACCUGAUUCCAGACCUCAGACAACACCUGUAUUGAGCUCUAAUUCCAGUGUUCUGAGAUUAACGUUGUCCAACUCAAAAGAAAGGAAAUCACCUUUACCACAUUCUAUGCAUCAGUCAAAGAGUUUGCCAUUGUUCCAGCCCAAAACACUUGAUCGUAACUUCAGGACCCUGAGUUCACCAGUGUGUCACUCAAAAUUUCAGAACACCACUUCACUAAGUGACAAACACAAGGCCACAGAUCUUCCCUCACCCCAUCCCAAACCAAAUAUCUCAGGUCCAUCAUUAUUAAGCUCCAAACACUGCAUCAGGAACAUAGCUGCUUUAACAUUGGGCUCCAGGCUCCAGAGUAAAAGCAGUUUUGGUCUUUAUGAAAAGACAGAACCAAAUAAGGAAAUUCGAUGGACUUUAGGUUAUAUUCAUCCCUGCAUUAUCAAAGGUGGAACGGUCCCUGAUGAUGUUGUAAAUAAAAUUGUCAACUCUCUCUCCAAGACCAGAAUCCAGAGGGAUCUCUGUAGGCAGAUUCUCUUUCGAAGGAUGAGGGGAAGGGCAAAUCCUCAUCCUGGACCCCGCCUUUCAUCAAGUUAUAUGGUUUGUUUAGCUUGUGCUUCCUGCAUAAAAUCUCAGUGUAACCAUCUUACAGGAAGGAAAGACCCUCGUGCUGCAACACUAUUUGUCAUCCCAGCACCUGAGGCCACUCCUGAGGAAGAAAUAGAGGUGAAACUAGUUUUUAUCCUCUCUCUACCAGAGACUUCUUUUUCAUUCCCUGUGAAAGAAAAUCAGCCUGAUGAAGUCCCUGAAGAAAACCUUGGAGGAAUUGGGGAGAUAUCAAAAUUUUUCCCUACAUCUGAACCUGAUAUCACCAAGGAGGCUAAUGUGAAGAAAACAUGGCCGACAGUAGCCCCUGAAAACCAAGCUAUAAGCCAACAGCCCCAGGCUAUAGACUGGCUGCUCUAUGUUAAGGAAAGUAGUAACCCUCAGUCGCAGUUCCUACUCCCCUCAUCUUCUUCCUCAUCGUCCUCUUCUUCCUCUUCCUCUUCCACUACACCCCCUUUACCUCCUCAUCCUCUGAAAGAGUCUACCACAUCUACCGUCUCAGGCUGUGUGUCCACUAAGGUACUUCGUUACCACCGGCUGCCUCCAGGGGUCUCCUGGCUUGAGUUUAUAUGUAGUAAAAAUCACCAGCCACUUCCUGGAAAACCAUGUCCAAGUCAAUCACCAUCUCCCCAAACAAGGCCUAUGAGGAAUAGCACCACAGUAAAAAGGAGAAAGGGGCCAAAGAUACUGUUCAAAAUGUUCCAGACAAAGGUUCAAAAUGAGAGAAAUCUUGAUUAAAUUAACUUUUUUGUUUCUUUGAAGGCAAUUGACCUCUUAGUUCUUUGACAUUAGAGAUUGAUUUCCUAUCGUGCUUAUUAAAAUUCUUAGUAUUAACUAAGCGUGCCUCUAUAAUUCAGCUGAUGAAGCAGCUAGUUGAGGGGAACUAUUACUCUUAAGUCUAUUUUCUACUUAAAUAAUAGACUAUGAUCUCCUAGAAGCCAAAUUGAAUCCUAUGUUUUUAACCAAAUGCCUGGCUUACAGUAACCACUAUAAAAUAAUUGUUAAGUGAAUUAAUAAUAAUUGGCCAUAGACCAGAAACACCUCAUUUGUCUUGCCCUGAACAGUAUCUAACUCAUUGUUAUUCUCCUUCCUCAUAAGAUAUAAUAAUGACAGAAUCCUUAAACCAGUGUAUGCUAAUCCGUUUCCCUACCUCUAAAGAAAAUUCACAUCAUGUUCAACAGGUAAGAAUAUAUAGAGAAAGGAAUCUUUUCAGUUAUGUGUUCCUAGGGAAAAUUCUUCUAUGCUAAGAUCCCACACUCUAAAAUGCAGUGAUUUACUAGUUACUAGUUACUAGUUAGCAAAUCUCAGGAAAGAAUAACUAACUGAUGCAGACAAUCCUACCUUAUGCUGACUGUGCCAACAUUUAAAUUAUGGGCUCUAAAGUCACUUGUUCAUCACUUCUACCUAUACAACUUAAACAGGUUAAUAAAAAUGUUUAAAAAUGUUUUUGUUCCACUGGGUCCACUAGUAAUGGGAAAAGGAGGGAAUUGUCUUACCUCCUACCUUAAGUGAUUAUCUCUAAGCCCAAGGGCUAGAAUUAGCUUCUCUUGCAUGCACUGAUGGCUCACACUUCUGCCUCUCCACUCCACAUCUUUCUGAACACCAGCUUGCAUAUGGGGCUUUUCCAGUGGAACAUUGCACAGGCACCUCAAACUCAAUAUGGUCAAACCAGAAUUUAUCAUCUUUACAUUUACAACUUGCAUCUUUACAUUAUAGUCCUUUGCCCUCUGUGUUCCCUAUUUCAGUGGGUGUACCACCAUCUGUCAUGGAGUUUGACUGUUUUUCUCAUUGCCUGCCCCUCUCCAGGCCCAUGUGUUCCAUGGCCUUAUUGUCUCCAGAAUCCAGCUCUUUCCUUCAACCUCACUGCCACUAUUCUAGUUGUGGUCACAGCAUUUGUCAGCUAGAUUACUCCUAAACAUGUAUUUUAACUUUUGAAUGCAUUUCUGAGACAAAAUUUAAUAAGGCCAUUUCACUGUUUAUAACACUUUUAUCAUUGCCCACUGUUUUCUGGGAAAAGUCUAAAUUCCUUUUAUGAUUGAAUCAUGAUAAUUUUUCAAAAUUAUUUUCAAAAAAUUUUUCAGAAAUCUUUUCAGAAAAGAUUUCUUAUUCUUCUCCAGUUUCAGCCACAUUAAUCAUUAAUUUCUUUACAGUGUGAAGCAAUCAUCCUACACUUCUAAAACAACAAUUCUGCUGUCCAGAAAGAUCCAUCCUUCUAUACAUUUUUGCUCUACAGGGCUCUAUUUUGUCUUAACAUCUUCUGGGAAGCCUUUUCCUGAUCCACUUACAAAGAAAGAGUUUAGCUGGCCUUCUUAUUACCAUGAAACUCUGUUUUUACUCUUUAUACUGCUCUUAACCAUAUUAUAAAGCAAUUAUUUCUUGUCUGUCUUCACUCACUAGACUGAAAACUUCUUAUUCACCAUUUUAUUUCUAGUUUUUGUCUAGUCCUUGAAAUAGAGUAUAUUCCCUGAAAUAUGUAUUGAUAUUGAAUUAAUGCUACUGAAACUCUUCAUCUGUUUAAAAUUCUCUGAAAUAAGUAAUGCUUCAUCUGUUUGCUUCUUUCCCAUACUAGUAUUGAAUUGUUUUUUGUACUUUUUGUCUUGGUGAGAACAUACAUAAAAAUGUUACUGAUGACAGUAGUCAUCCUUGUCUUAUGUCUUAUGUUAAAAGUGUUCCUUUCUAGUAUUUCAGUAUUUAAUGUGAUGUAGGCUUAUGCAUAGCUGAUCAGUGAUGAUGAAGAAGAGCUUAGGUGUGUGAUAAUGUGUUCAAGGCUUUCUCUAACCUCUUUAGAAAACCCUUGACGUGUGCUUAAUUCACCCUGAAUAUCUCUGUUGAUGACACACAUCAUCUGUAUAAUUACUUCUUUAAUAUGUUUUCUACUAGACUAAACUUCAUAAGGGGAGGUCUUGUGUCUGACUUGUUUACCACUAACUUCUCAGGACCUAGUGAUACCUGGCACAUACUAAGUAUUCAAUAAAUAUUUAUUGAAUAAAAUUAAACCAAGGAGUUCAACUGAUUUUUAUUUGUUGAUGUAAUUUACAUGUUUAAUUUUCCACUGUUUAGCUUAUUUUCUAAACUUUAUGCCUCAUUUUAAAAUUUUUCUUUAUUUAUUGGACUACGAUUUAAUUAUUUUUAACUUCUCCAUUGUAUUGGCAGUUAUUUAUUUUGUUCUUAAUUAGAACAGGUCUACUUUCAGAAAAAAAUUUUUAAGAAUUCGUUAACCAUUAUUUCCUAGUUUUUAAAUUUGGAAAUAAAAUCGCAUGAAACUUAAUGGGAAAAAUACACGGCAACGGCAAAUAUCCGACUCACUCUUCCAGCUUCUAUUCAUAUACCAAGAGAUUUCAAAAUAGGGAACAAUAUGUGUUGUGCCAGAAAGGUCAAGAAAUUUCUGUCAGAUCUUAUACAGAUGAGAGCAGAUUUCAGAAGGGCAGAAGGACUCAAAAUUUACUGUAUUUAAAUAAAGAGAUCAACUGAAAAGUAGUAAAAAAAGAUUUAAUUGUGUCUCAUUAGUGCCUUUUCCCUUAAAUGGAAAGGCCUGGACAUGAAAACAGGCUACAUAGGAAUUGGGAAGUAGAAAGUAGAUUCUCUAAAUUGUCACAUUUUUAUCAAACCAAUUGAUAUAAAAUAGUAUGACAUAUCUGGAUGAUAAUUUGAUAAUAAUAUCAAAACCUUAAUAAUAUACAUAAUCAUUUUCCUUAGGAUCAUCUUCAUUGGAAUUUAUUUUAAAGAAAUUGUCAUGACUAUGUAGAAUCAUAUAAACAAGUAGGCAUUGUGUUUCUUUAUAAUAGUGAGGGAUUGGAAAAAAUCUUGUUCAUUAACAGAAAAGUGUUUAAAUACACCAUGAUCCAUACAUGUGAUGCUUUUCCUAGUGAAAAAAAAAUGUUAUUUCUAACAUUGCACCUACAUUUAUGUUAGGAAUAGAAAUACUUUCUUUAGGAAAAUAUCUUGAGAACCCUUGAGCAUGGCUAGUGAUCCUGAGCAUGUUGAAAGAAGAAAGUGAAACAAAGAGGAGAUAGAUAAACUAAUGCAUUUAAGUUUCAAAAAGGACUGCUCGAUCAGAGACAGUGAAGAGAGAAUUUAUCAUUUAUGAUUUAAGUGAAAACAUACUCAGAUUAUAAGACAUCACAUGCAGUUUAUAUAUGAUUCCACCUUGAAAAACAUUGAAAUUUUGCAUAUAUGUAUCUGUGUGUACUUGUGUAAAAUCUGUUUCAUAUGUAUGAGAAAGAUGGAGUGACUGGAAGUAAACACCAAAAUGUUGAAUAAAUGUGGUUAUUAUGGGACAAUAGUUAUAAUGGAGUGUUUAGGAAAUGGGUAGAUUUUUUUCAUUUUCUUUUCUAUAUUUUCCAAAUCUUCAAUGAAUAUGAAUUCCUGUUAUAAUCAACUUAAAACAAAUGUUAUGAAAAUGAAACAUGUCGUCUCGUCUAUUUUAGAUAAAAUAUGUAGCAUACAAUUUUGCUGUUCUAAUCCUUUCUACUUAUUGGUAU